UCUGUAUUGCGAGAGUAAGCACCAUUUUACGGCACCCCGACGAAUCUCCACCGAUGUUCCACAUGAUGCGAAACGUGAGAGUGUGACAGCCUACUACAUGAUAGAUUAAGUGCGAAUCGAGAAGGGAUUUUGAUCGAAAUAAACUAUGGGUAAAAGUAAGACUAACAAAUUUAGACGUCCACAGUUCAACGCAGAGGGACUGUCGGUAACUGCUGUAAAGGAAGUGGAAGAGGACCACGAUGGAGUCGACUCUCCAGCUGGGGAGUUACUGGAGAAAUUGCAGAGUCCCAGUGCAGAUGUGCGUGAGUUUGCGUGUGCCAGCAUAUCACGCGUGGUGCAGCAGAGCCAGACCAUCCCAGGCUUCCUCCAGCGGGAUGCGGUGAGACGUCUCGGGCCCCUACUGCUGGACCGCAGCCUGGCUGUCAGGGAGACUGCCACAGGGGCACUCAGGAACCUGAGUGCCUGUGGGGGUCAUGAGGUGUGUGAGGACAUGGUGAAACAGGACGUCAUGACUCCUCUGACUGCUCUGCUUCGAGAGUGCUGUGCUGGGUUUGAGACCAAUGAUGCCCUCUCGUUAAAAGGGCAGAAAAACACAGUGGAAGAUGUAGCCAAUGAAGCAGUUAACUUGCUGUGGAAUCUCUGUGAGAGCAGUAGCCAGGCACUCUCUGUGUUCAACAAAGCAGGCAUUCUGGAUGUUAUCCUACAGUGUCUGGAGCGACACACUCACAACAUCAAGCUGGCUUUGUCUGCAGCCCACUGUUUGCACACUGUGACUGAGGACAACGCAGAGUUGCUGUGUAGUAUGAACAAUGCUGUAUUAGGGACUCUAGAGAGUGUGCUGCUAUCCUCACAGGUGGACAUGGCUCACACACUGCUCAGGACACUGGCUGCAGGGUCAGUGUGGAACCUGAAGAGCAGCCUGCCCACGGCCCGCCAGGCCCAGACCCUCAAUGCCCUGAUGGCCACCCUGUCCCAGUGCUUGGAGCUGGAUGCUGGCACGCUGAUACCCCAGCUCCGCCAGGCUGAGGUGGCCCAAAGUGCUACUGCCUCAGAGGCAGGGAACAUGGAGGACCACCAGGCAGCUGCAGGGAAUAUGGCUGUAGAGGAGAUGGAUGAUGAUGAUGAGGAGGAGGGAGUAGGACCGAGGACAAAUGGAAAGGCAACCAAGAUGGAUAAAGACUUCUCUGACCUCCUGCCCAGGGGCAAGGAGGAGCUGAGGGAGGCGACGGCCUUGCUGACAGCCCAGCAGACGUCCUUGGAGAUCAUCGUCAACAUGUGCUGCUCUGAUGGUGAGUGCUGUGGGCAGCAGUGUUUGGGCAGCAGAGCAGUACUGACCUGGGGAGACCCAUCAGACGAUGAGUGGGAAGAGGCGUCGAGCAGCGACGAGAGUGAGAUGUGUCCUGACGGCCUCUCUGAAGGGAACACCAGCCUCCUGUCCCCACUGUGUCUGUCUGCUGAGGUCCACGGGGCCCUGAUCAACCACAACAUCCCAGAAAAGGUUCUCAAGAAGACCCAGUUCCCCAGCAGCGAGGCCAUGGACGUAUGUCGUCACAAUCCUACCUGGAAAAUCUUGAUGAAAAAGAUGCAUCGGGUGCAGUACAGGGCCCUGACGUGCCUUCACAACAUGCUGUCUACUAUGGACGCUGAGUCCCUAGGGGGAGCAGCCGCUCUUCAGGAUGUCGCACAACACCUGUCCACGCUGGUCUUCAGUGCUCCAGAGAUCCCUAAGGAGGAGGAAUUCCUUGAGGCAGUUACCAGUGCCAUGCGAUCCCUCUUACAGAUCAUAGCCUAUAUGAAAAUCCCACAGUGUAUGACCCCCCAGCAGCUGAUGAGCCUGAGUGAGGCAGCGACCCGCUGUGACGUUGUCAGUGUGAGGGUGAAUGCCCUGGCCAUCCUAGGCAUCACAGGAAGCACACUGGCUAAAGAGAAGGGGACAGCUGAAACUCUGCAGAUGAUUGGCAAUGCCUUACUCCAAGUUGCUGCAAAGGAUGCCAACCUUGUGGUUUGUGGAGAGGCCCUGGAUGCUCUGUUUGAUGUUUUUGCGGAUGGAGACGAGGCAGAGAGAGCAGCUAAAAACAUCAAUUUACUGUCUGCUCUGAAGGCACUUCAACCCGUCUUCAAGGCUAAGAUUCGUAAAGAGGGGAAGGGAAAGUACAGCCCUGAGCAGCUGUGUGUGCUGGACAACAUCAAAGUCAACCUAAGAAGGUUUAUUGGCUACCUGGAGACUGUGGUGAAAAAAUGACAGCAGCCUGACACUACUACACCAUCUGGCUGACAUAAGAUGAAAUUACUCAUAAUAUACAUUACAAUGGAUCCAGAGUUGCCCAUAGAGCCUUGGGACAGAACAGAGGGAAUGGGGUUGAGGGGAAUUCCCUAAUAGACCCUCAUUAAAGGGAAAGUUCAUUCCAAAAUCAUUGUUUUGGAGUGAACUAUCCCUUUAACAUCUAUAUAACUGAUUUUCAUGUUGCUUAUCUUUUUGUUUUUAACGUUCUGACCGAAAUGCAUAACUAUUUUCCUUGGUAGGUGAGUGUUUACAUAAUUAUCUGUACAAAAAUUUAAAAAAAGAUUUUGAAUUAAUGUUGCAGUACAUAGUGACAUUGUUUUACUUUAUGUAUAAAAGUACAUUUCAAUGUGCUGUAUUUUAAAGAAAUUGACAGAACAUUUUAUGGUUUAUUUUACACAUCUUUAUAAACCAACUCUCACGUCACACACUAUCAUACUGUAGCCCUCCAUGUUAGGAAUGACCAGUUGUAGUAUUCAUGUGCUUCUCACCCAAGAAUCCGCUAUCUGACCCCAUGUCAUGACUCUGGUGUCAUGUUGUGCUGUCAUGGAAAAUGAGAUGGACAGGCCCAGUGUUUCCUGACCUUUGGUUUGCUAUGGCUUUACUGCCUGUAGGCAUUUGCCAUUGUAUGACAAGGCCAUCUGUUUAUUCCCCCCAGUGUCUACUGAUCAUGUGAGAUGUCGAAUAAAGCAGAACUCGCCAUCCA